CGCAAGGCUCUUAACCUUGUGGUCGUGGGUUCGAGCCCCACGGGCGGCGGAUUUUUUGUUUUGUGUUGCGUGCUUGGCACACGCUGGCUCUCUCGUUUUGGUUGUAGAUUAGUUUUUUUUCUGGUUCUUUUGGAAUGGCGAUGAGCUCCGUUUCACUGCAUAGUAGAAGCUUGAUUCGCUGUGAGAUCGCGGAGCCGUCGGGAAAGCCAGCGCCAAUGGGCCAGAAGACACGAUACAAGGAUUCAAUCUUUGACAGAGCUUUCAUGUCCCUCUUUGCCAGGAAGAUGGAGAAUGCCACAGGGAGAGCUAGCAAAAAGACUGGAUAUGAUGGGUUCGUGGAUGUAUCGCGAGGUGUUCUUCAGGGAAGAAAUCCGGUAGAGCAGCGAGCUCUUGUUCGUGAAGUUCUUCUAUCAAUCAUGCCUCCCGGAGCUCCAGAAACGUUUCGAAAGCUAUUUCCUCCAACUAAAUGGGCUUGCGAGUUCAAUGCUGCGAUCACGGUGCCAUUUUUCCAGUGGCUCGUAGGACCUUGCGAGCGGUUUGAGGUAGAAGUGAAUGGAGUGAAACAAAACAGCGGUGUGAAGAUUCUUAAAUGCAGGUAUCUAGAGAACAGCAACUGUGUUGGAAUGUGCGUAAAUAUGUGUAAAAUUCCCACCCAGGAUUUCUUCACAAAUGACUUUGGGUUGCCUCUCACCAUGACACCAAAUUUUGAAGACAUGAGCUGUGAGAUGAUCUAUGGGCUCCAGCCAACCUCUCUCGAAGAAGAUCCUGCAUUGAAGCAACCAUGCCUCCAGCUAUGUCCAACUUCUACAACAACGGCUGUAUGCACAAAACUCCAGCAAGACUACUAAGAAAAAAUAAAAUAAUAAUAAUAAAGCUUAAAGGUUUAUUUUUUUA